AUGCAGAGCACCGACACCAGCACCGGCGCGGCUAUACUCCUGCCCGCGCCGGACUUCUCCUCGGGCUUAUCCUGCCCGCCAUUACUCUGCCCACCAUCCUUUGCCGCGCCGGCACUGGGCGUCGACGACGAGCCAGGCUGCCCGGUCGAGGAUGCCGUCUCGGCAGGCGGGGCGGACGACUCGGUGGGCUUGCUUACCGCAGACGACGACGCACCACCAUCAUCACCGCCAUCGCCGCCCUUUUCCGUCUCGGCCAGCCAGGUGGCUGCCUCCUCACCAAAGACCUGA